AUGGAGUGGAUAAAAUUUGUUAUUUUAUGGAGCUGCCUUGUCGGCAUUCAUUUAGCAGAAUAUCACAAAACGAUUUUUAAAACUCCCAAGGAUAUUGUAAAUUCGCCUUUAUGGAAUUGUCCUUCAAAAGAACUAACCACUGUGGAUAUCAUCAAGUCUUACCACUAUCCAAUAGAAAACCAUACGGUGCGCACCAAGGAUGGUUAUAUGCUUGAGGUGUUUCGCAUUCCCGACUCCCACGAGUGUCAUGAAAGGAAAGCCAAGAAAGUGGUCUUUUUAAUGCACGGAAUGUAUUCAUCGUCGGACGCUUUUCUGCUGUCUGCGAAAAAUAUCGGUCUCCCCUAUAUGUUGGCCGACAAAUGUUACGACGUAUGGAUGGGGAACGCCCGCGGCAACCGAUAUUCUCAGCGCCACCCCCACCUGGGCAUUAACGAUACUGAGUACUGGCACUUCAGCUGGCCCGAGAUCGGACUGGAGGAUUUGGCAGCCUCCUUCGAAUACAUUACGUUUCUGACCAAACAAAAUGAUCUAAACUGCGUAUGUCACGGCCAAGGAUGCGCGGCAUUGAUGGUUCUCCUCAGUCUUCGGAAAGAGUACAAUUUUAUUGUUCAUAACGCUGUUUUUCUCGCUCCGAUGGUUUACAUGACCCACUUUAAAGCUUCCGUGCCGUGGAGGGACUUUUUUAAGCUCCUGGAACACUCGAUGGAUGGCGAGGCUAGGCCUUCCCUCUUGCCGGACCAUACUGUGCUUAAGGAUGUGGCCAAACGCAUGUGUCCAAAAAUGACAUGUGAAUGCAAUUACAAUCUCAUAUAUGGAAAUGCAAAUCACCAACGUGAUCCGCUCGUCAUUACCCGAUUUUUGGCUACGCAUCCUUCCUCAAUUUCUGUGCGUCAGCUAAGGCACCUCUUUCAGGUUAAAAGCUCUGGUAAAUUCCAACAAUACGACUAUGGAGUUGAGAAGAACAUUAUCAUGUACAAUCAAUCCACUCCGCCGGAAUAUAAUCUUGAGAAGGUCCGGCCCCAUGGUAGCCUACACAUCUUCUACAGUGACGGCGAUUGGUGGGUCUCUAAAAAAGACAUUGCCAUACUUAAGGGAAAGUUGUCCAAGGCUAUGUUUCACCACAUCGAGGAUUCAAAAUUUGGCCACGGAGAUUUUCUUCAUGGGCACAAUGAUCGAACCUUGAUUAAUAUACCAAUUUUAGAAAUAUUUCGCAGAAACUCGAAAGAUAAAAGUGAUAAACAUGUUAAACAUUUUAAGCAUCAUUAA